AUGGCGCGUAUAAGACCUGGAGCGCUGGCCAUUCUUGUGGCCCUUCUUUCCUCAUGGUCGUGUUUAGUACUUGGGUUUGCCAUCGACGUGCCGGGAUACAAUAGUCAGGUGGCCAGACGUGCUGACCCAAACUUGGCUGGGUACUUGGGGGUGUUCUUCCUUGGGGCCGACCCUUAUGUGUACUUCUACCUCAGCAAUGGCAACGACCCUCUCUCCUUCAGGGCUCUGAACCGCGGUUCACCCGUCAUAAGGCCGACCAAAGGGACUGGGGGUGUUCGGGACCCCACCAUCAUCCCCGGGGGUGGAAGUGAGGCCGGCAAGAAGUGGUACAUAAUAGGGACCGACUUGAACAUUGGGAAGUACCCGACCUCGGACCCCCGGCACACCGGCUCGCCCUCCAACAUCCGCAUCCGCUACGCCUACACAAACGACUUCCAAACCUUCAGCGCCCCGCAAACCCUCAUCGACAAGAACCCCACCAACAUCAUCGACCUGAACUUCGUCCCCCUCAACGGCACCGACUCGACCUCCUUCCUCCGCUUCAUGAAGGACGAGACGCGCAAGGCUGUCUUCGUCGAAGUCUCCGAGAACGGCCUCUUCGGCAGCUGGACCCGGCCCGGCGGCGACAGCGCCAUCAUCCAACAAGGGGUCGAGGGCCCCGCCGCGUACCUGGACAACACGAACCCUGGGAAGGUGCACCUGCUGCUGGACUUUUAUGGCGAUGAUGGGUAUCGCCCGUUUGAGAGCACCAACCCGAAGAGCAACAACGGGUGGACGGCGAGUAACAGGGGCGCGUUUCCGAGGAAUCUGAGGCAUGGGAGUGUGUUGCCCGUGGGGAGUGCAAACUAUCAGGCGCUGGGGGCGAAGUGGGGAUAG